AUGGAUUCUUCAUUCUUUGCAUACACUUCAAACCAAUUCCUCCCGUUCAACGAAAAUGACUCAGACGAAAUGGCCCUUUUUGGCAUGCUUACUGAGUCUUCUUACCAUGUUCAUGACUCGUCGAACCAGAUCGCGUCUAUUCCAGCACAUAAGAUUAGCUACAGAGGGAUUCGCCCUCGACGCUGGGGCAAAUACGCUGCAGAAAUAAGGGAUUCGACGAGAAAUGGGGCUAGGGUUUGGUUGGGUACGUUUGAUACACCUGAAGAAGCUGCUUUGGCAUAUGACCAAGCUGCGUUUGUGGCCAGGGGUUCAAUGGCGGUCCUGAACUUUCCGGUUGAGACCGUCUACGAGUCGCUUAAAGCUAUGAAUUAUGGGUUUGAGGAAGGGAGUUCACCUGUUUUGGCAUUGAAAAAGUGUCACUCCAUGAAGAGAAAAGCUGUGGUUAGAGAGAAUAAGAGGAAAGAGAUGAAGUUAGAUGAUGAAGAUGAAUACUGUGAGAAUGAUCAUGUGGUGGUGUUUGAGGACUUGGGUGCUGAUUACUUGGAAGAGAUCUUGAGGUUGUCAGAAUGUUCAGGUACAGGUUCUUGGUGAGAAUCAACGACCAAUGGUUUAGCUCAGUGCGUUUGUAUUAAUAUUUUACAUAAAGCUAAUCUAAACCAAACAAGAGAGAGCAUAUAGAUCGAUAUAAAAUUUUGUAUGACAUCUGGUGAUAAGUUAUGGUAUACUCUACAACCAAGAGUUC